AGUCCACCUGCGCGGUUCUGUUAUCGUUGGGUGGGUUCUGACUGGGUGGAUCAGUUCGGAUGCUGCUCUGCUGCUGCUGAGGUCCGGGUUAACUGAAGCCCAAAGCGCGCUUUAGGGAGAAAACAACUCUUUGGCGUUUCUUUUGGUGAGAAGUCCUGUGCGUCUGUGCGUGGCCCCGUAGGGUUCUGCUGAACCUGACCCCAGAGUCAGCACCAGGACCAGCACCAGGACCUGCCGUCAAGAUGAUGUCCUACAUGAAGCAGCCCCAUUACACCAUGAACGGGUUAAACCUGCCUGCUGCUGGGAUAGAUGUCCUGCACACAACCGUCGCCUAUCCACCCACACCUCGGAAGCAGCGCAGGGAGCGCACCACCUUCACUCGGACUCAGCUGGACAUCCUGGAGGCCCUGUUCUCCAAGACCCGCUACCCAGAUAUUUUCAUGAGGGAGGAGGUGGCCCUGAAGAUCAACCUGCCUGAGUCUCGUGUGCAGGUGUGGUUUAAGAACCGCAGGGCCAAAUGCCGCCAGCAGCAGCAGCAGAGCAGCGGGCAGUCUAAACCCCGCCCACCAAAGAAGAAGACCUCACCGGUGCAGGACUCCAGCAUUCCUGAUCCAGCUCCCAAUCCAUCUGGCUCCUUCAGCCCCUCCUUGGCUCAGUCAGCUGGGCCCAGCCUGGCUCACAGUACCAGUACUGGAAAUACAGCAGUGUCCAUCUGGAGCCCAGCCAUGUCACCCCUGCCGGACCCCCUGGCCUCUCCGUCGGCCUCCUGUGUGCAGCGACCCUCUCCUUACCCCAUGAGUUACAGUCAGCCGUCUGCCUAUACCCAGGGCUACACCAACACAACGUCCUACUUCACAGGCCUGGACUGCAGCCCCUACCUGUCUCCUAUGCACUCACAGCUGAUAGGCACUGGGGGUGCUCUCAGCCCCAUCACUGUCCCCUCCAUGGGGGGCUCUCUGAGCCAGUCUUCUGCCUCUCUGUCCUCCCAGGGCUACAGCACCGCCUCGUCCCUGGGCUUCACCUCUGUGGACUACCUGGACUACAAGGACCAGCAAGCUUGGAAACUGGGUUUCACUGUCAUGGACUGUCUGGACCACAAAGACCAGAACUCUUGGAAGUUCCAGGUCCUCUAGAAAGCCAUGAGUCUCAUGGUGCAUUGGUCCGUUUGGUCUGAGAUGGACUUGUGACUGAUUUUUAUUUCCUUCUUUUAUCUAACAAACCACUGGACAGAUUUGGAUGAAACUCUCAGAAAGUCAUCUUACGUUGCACUUCUACAACUGAUUAACUUUUGGAGUCAACCAAACAUGAGGUGGUCAGAAACAUCAGACUUUAGAAAACGUUAAAAAGGCUUCACCUCACUUAACUUAUACAGGUACUGAGCUAAAGUUUGUUGUGAUUGUAGCUUAGAGAAAUUUCUAAGAGGCAUACUUCAAGGGCGAAACAACUGGAUGAGACCUUUGUG